UUGCUUUCAAAAUUAGGGAUGAAUGAAGCCAGUCCCAUGUCCACUCCAAUGAUAUUCUCUUUGCAACUUCUAUUUAUUGGCUCUAAAAGAAUAUUGAGGAAUCUCCAAGGCACUAAAGAUCCUAGUUUGAUCGGGCAUAAGUGCACAGAUAGCAGACUUUAUGGCUUCUCAGAUUCUGAUGGGAAGAAAACAACCAUUUUCAAGUCAUCCAUAGAGGCAGAGUUUCGUAGCUUGGUAACUUGUGAAGCAGAAAUAAUUUGGUCGCUACUCACCCCCAAUACCCUCACCCAACAAAAUGAAGAAAGAAAAGAGAAGGGGGACAACAAGAGAGCUGAGGGAAGAAAGGGAGAAGAAAAAGAAAGAGAGGAAGGGAGGGAUGUCCCACCAUCACUGUCGCCGCGUUGGAGCUCGCGAUCGAGCUGCCGCCAUGCGUCGCCAUCGUCAUCAAGAAGAGGGAGAGAAAGAGCCACCACCACCGCUACCCUUUACUGCCGUUGAGAAGCGUCACUGGUGCGCGAAAUUGAACUCCGCACAACUGAACUGGCAAGUGCACCGAGUCGUCCAAGUAAUACCUCAGGUGAGUGAGGGUCGAAUUCCAUGGAGAUUGUCGGAUUGAGCAAGCAAUGCCUAUCUUGUAAAUCUUAGUAAGACGAUUAGAAAAGAUGGUUAUUUGUUUGAAGGUAUAAACAAAAUAGUAAAGAAUGAAAUACCAGAUUAGUGUAAAAGCAAUGACAGAUAUUCAGUUAAGGCUUUGGAGAUGCAUAUUCUUGCCGAAUUAACUUUUCUUACUGUCUACUUCAAUAACGAAUGAUUCAUUCAAUGGUAGCUGUAAUUGACUAACUCAUAUAGCAUCCUCAUCAAGUUAGUCUCUUCUAAACCAUAGCAGUCCACCAUAUUUGAGCAACUUAUGUAGCAUCCUCAUCAAGUUAACUCAUGGCUUCCCACUAUAGCCGAAGGUGAAGCACUAAGCAAUCCACUCCCCUUCGCGAUCCUACUCAAAAUGCCAUAGACAAGGUCAAAUCUUCCAGAUCAGGGAACGCUGCUUCUCAGACUCUAGCCUUAACGCCACAGAGACCUUAGUAACCCACGGUCAACGAGACUUUCACAUAUCCAAAGGCACCCAUGCACGCUCUUGGAAUCUGCAGUGCACUCUCUAGCUGUGGUUCAAUGCUAUCCAGGUCAGGACUCACACGGAACCCAUGUAGAAUAAGGAUGAUUGUCACGGUUCAUCCUUAAUUCAUGAGAUGGAGACUAAAAAUGUACAAGAGAAUAGAAUCAAACGUGUAUUGAAAUAGAAACAGUAAUAUUAUUAAUCCAUGAGAAUCAGCAGAGCUCCUAACCCUAACUUAGGAGGUUUAGUAGCUCAUGCUUUACAGAAAAUAAUGGCAAAAUGUACGAAUGGACAAAGAUCCCUAACAGUGGUGAUUUUCAUUAUAUAUAGACUAACCUAAUAGCUAAGAAGUACAAAAAAUAUGAUUGACUAGACUAGGGGUGCAAAAAUCCAUCCUUGGGCCCACUUUGGUUGAGUACUUGGGUUGAGCUUGGCGUCUAACUUGAGAAAUGGGCAUUGAACGCCCAUUGAGGGUUGAUUGGCACUGCCUUAUGC